AUGGCAUCCACCAAGAUUAACAAGUCAUUCCCCCCUGGCAUUCACGGCCCUUCCAUUACCUUCUUCCAGGAUGAUCAGCAACAGGAGAUUGACUGGCCUACCCAAGAACGGCAUCUGGAGUACAUGAUCACUUCUGGCAUGCACGGCGUUGUUCUCGCCGGCUCCAGCGGUGAAUCAGCCACUCUUAGUGUCGAGGAGAAGAGCAUGCUUGUCAAGAAGACUCGCGAGAUCGCCGAUCGUCUUGGAAAGACCGAUUUCACUGUCACAAUGGGCUGCUUGGCUGGCUCCACCCGUGACAUCCUUGUCCAGAUCGAGGCUGCCUACAAGAAUGGUGCUGAUUUUGCCCUCACUUUGGUGCCUUCCAUCUUCCACUGGGCUAUGACCCAGAAGGCCAUUACCGACUUCUUCGAGGAAGUGGCCGACCGUUCCCCCAUUCCCAUUGUUAUCUACAACUUCCCCAAUCUCUUGUCCGGAUUGGAUGUCAACUGCGACAUGCUGGAGAAGCUUGGCGCUCACCCCAAUAUUGCCGCUGUCAAGUUGACUUGUGGUGGAGUUGGAAAGGCCCAGAGAGUUGCAACACAAUUUGAGCCUGCUCAGUUUACCAGUUUGUCCGGAAUGAGUGACUGGCUUGUAGCUGCCUUUGCCGCUGGAAGUACUGGUUGCAUUUCAGGUGUUGCAAACAUUUUCCCCAGAGUCAUGGUUGAAAUUUACGAUCUUUACAUGGCCGGAAAGAUGGCCGAGGCCUCUGCGCUGCAGAAGAAGCUCGUCCUUCCCGAAUGGGGAAUUGGCACAUCAGACGUCAGCGGAAUGAAGUGGAUUAUCGCCAAGGAGCGUGGUUACCCCUUGUCCAGUGCACACUGCCGUCGCCCAUUCCCCAAGUUCUCCGACAAGGAGAAGCAAGAGCGUGUUGUGCGCCUGGUCGCACCCCUUCUCCCUGUUGAGGAGGAGCUUAAGGCCAAGAAGGUUUAA